AUGCCAAAUACUAGAGCGAAACAAAUCAACAAUAGACCCAUGGCUUCAAGAAACUAUUCAUCAUCAUCAUCAUCAUCAUCAUCCUCAUCUUCUUCUUAUUCAGUAUCAAGAGUUAGCUCCCCAAAAAGUACAAUGAGUAAACCUAGUACCAUGAUUUCAAAUGACGAUACGAUUUAUACUCCAUCACAAGAGUACAGUCAACAAUGUCAUGUUAAAUCUUACUCUGAAUAUCAAGAGAUGUACCAACACAGUAUCACUAAUCCAAGUGAAUUCUGGGGAAAGUAUGGUAGCUCUCUUAUCAGUUGGUUUCAACCAUUCACCAAUGUUAUGUCUGGAAACUUUGUAAAUGGAGAUAUAACUUGGUUCCAAAAUGGCAAGUUAAAUGUUUCCUAUAAUUGUAUCGAUAGACAUUUGGAGACAAAGAAAGACAAGAUUGCGAUUAUCUAUGAGGGUGACCAUCCAGACCACGUGAGAAAGAUCACUUUCUACGAGUUGUUCUUGGAGACCUGUAGAUUGGCUAAUCUCUUAAAGUCGCUGGGCGUGCGUAAGGGCGACACCGUUGCCAUCUACAUGCCCAAUACACCAGAGGCAAUCUACUCGAUGUUGGCAUGCGCUCGUAUCGGUGCGAUUCACAGUGUUAUAUUUGCUGGUUUCGGUUUCGAUUCGAUCGUCUCCAGAGUGCAAGACGCCAACUGCAAGAUCAUCAUCACCGCUGACGAGGGUGUUCGUGGUGGCAAGACCAUUCCACUCAAGAAGAAGAUCGAUGAGGUUGCCAUCCACUGUCCCUCUGUGCAAAAGGUGAUUGUCUUUAAGAACACAGGCGGUCCAAUCGACUUCCACCCAGCCAAAGACAUCUGGGCACACGAGGUCAUGCCAGAACAACCCCCCUACUGUCCAUGUGAAGUGUUGGACAGCGAAGAUCCACUAUUUAUUCUCUACACAUCCGGAUCCACCGGUAAACCCAAGGGUUUGGUUCAUACUCAAGCUGGAUACCUGCUAUAUACAACAAUGACACACCGUUAUGUUUUCGACAUACAGGAGAACGAUAUCUAUGCAUGUGUUGCUGAUGUUGGUUGGAUUACAGGACAUUCUUAUAUUGUAUAUGGACCAUUGUCGAAUGGAACCACCACAUUUAUAUUCGAGGGAACUCCACUGCACCCAACACCCUCACGUUAUUGGGAGAUGGUAGAGAGACACAAGAUUACACAAUUCUACACUGCACCGACUGCCAUUCGUUCGUUGAUGAAGUAUCCAGUUAGCUAUGCAGAGAAGUGCAAUAAGAGUUCACUGCGUGUGCUAGGCACCGUCGGUGAACCCAUCAAUCCAGAGGCAUGGAGAUGGUUCUACAAGUAUGUCGGUGAGGACCGUUGUCCUAUCGUCGACACCUACUGGCAAACAGAGUCCGGUGGACAUUUAGUCGCACCGCUGCCCGGAGGAAUCCCCACUAAAGCAGGUAGCGCUACCUUCCCAUUCUUUGGAAUCAAGCUGUCGGUACUCGAUCCACAGACCGGAAAGGAGAUGAGCGGUAACAAUGUCGAAGGUGUAUUGUGUGUCAACAACUCAUGGCCUGGAAUCGCGCGUACCGUCUACCGUUCACAUACUCGUUACCUGACAACCUAUAUGAAGCCAUACCCUGGCUACUACUUUACCGGUGACGGAGUCAAGCGUGACCAAGACGGAUACUACUGGAUCCAGGGUCGUGUCGACGACGUCAUCAAUGUUGCCGGUCAUCGUUUGGGAACGGCAGAACUCGAGAGUGCAUUGGUCGGACACAAUUCAUGCGCAGAGGCAGCGGUCAUUGGAUAUCCACACGAUAUCAAGGGUCAAGGUAUUCUGGCAUUCUGCACACUGAAACAUGGAUUCGAAGACACCGAAGACAUUGUGUCGUCACUAAAGAUCGAAGUCAGAAAGAUCAUCGGUCCAUUUGCAACACCCGAUGUUAUCAUCAUCACACCAUCACUCCCCAAGACUAGAAGUGGUAAGAUCAUGCGUCGUAUCCUCAGAAAGAUCGCUUGUCACGAAUCAACACCGGAGCAACUCGGUGACAUCUCAACACUCGCCGAGCCAGAAGUUGUUCAAUUUUUAAUUGAUAAAGUAACAGCAUGUCUACCAAAACAUCAUUAA